UGUGAUUUUUCUAUUCAAUUGAUCUCAAAAUCUUUUAAGAUUGAACAUAUUUGAACGGCUGGUGGACUCGAAUGGGUGGCCACUUCUUGUAGAAACAGAAAGUUAAACCCUCAACCAGGCACUCACUCAAAAUACUAACCGACAGCACAAUGGAACCCUACCCUUCUUCCUCUUCAUCUGUCAUUGCUCAAAAAACAUGGGAACUGGAGAACAAUAUAAUCACCGUCGACACACCACCAACCACCAAUUCCACGGCGGACCCCUCAUCGGACGCUAUUUUCUACUACGACGAGCCGGCGCAAGUAAAGUUUCAACAGGACAGACCAUGGUCCAACGAUCCUCACUACUUCAGGCGUGUGAAGAUCUCCGCGCUGGCGCUUCUGAAGAUGGUGGUCCACGCUCGAUCUGGUGGAACCAUCGAGGUCAUGGGACUUAUGCAAGGAAAAACUGACGGCGAUGCUAUUAUUGUAAUGGACGCUUUUGCCCUUCCUGUUGAAGGCACUGAAACUAGGGUUAAUGCUCAGGCUGAUGCUUAUGAGUAUAUGGUUGAUUAUUCCCAAACUAACAAGCAGGCGGGGCGGUUAGAGAAUGUGGUGGGUUGGUAUCAUUCACAUCCAGGCUAUGGAUGCUGGCUAUCAGGGAUUGAUGUAUCAACUCAAAUGCUAAACCAGCAAUUUCAAGAGCCUUUUCUGGCAGUUGUUAUUGACCCAACAAGGACUGUUUCUGCUGGUAAAGUAGAGAUUGGUGCUUUCAGGACUUACCCUGAAGGUUACAAACCUCCUGAUGAUCCUGUCUCUGAAUAUCAGACUAUUCCUCUUAAUAAGAUUGAAGAUUUUGGUGUUCAUUGCAAGCAGUAUUAUGCUUUGGAUAUUACUUACUUCAAGUCCUCUCUUGAUUGCCACCUCUUGGAUCUUUUAUGGAACAAAUAUUGGGUUAAUACUCUAUCAUCUUCACCUCUCUUGGGUAAUGGAGACUAUGUUGCCGGUCAAAUUUCUGAUUUAGCUGAGAAGCUGGAGCAAGCGGAGAAUCAAUUGGCUCACUCCCGAUUUGGGCCCCUAAUAGCACCGCCUCAAAGAAAGAAAGAGGAAGAAUCUCAACUUACUAAAAUCACUAGGGAUAGUGCUAAAAUAACUGUGGAGCAGGUCCAUGGCCUGAUGUCGCAGGUUAUUAAGGACAUCCUUUUCAACUCCGUACGACAAUCCAGUAGGUCUCGUGCAGAGGGUUCUGGUCCUGAGCCAAUGGUCGAAACAUGAUUGGGGGUUCCAAGUGAUGGAUGUUCCUCUUCUCCUGCGGAGAAGCUAAAAUGCUUUUUUGUCCAAGCUGUAGAGAUGUUGUUAUAUUUCAGGCUGAUGUAAAUCCUUUUGGCAUCCAUCAUUGAUUUCUCUGGAAUUUCAUCUAGUUUUGUUUAACUUGUACACCUCGGCUGAUUAACAAGAUAUCAUCAUAAUUACAGAGGCUGUUUUUACUUCC